AUGCAACUGCCAUUGCUUUCAUCACCAUCCGAUGAAGCUAUGAGUUUAUAUGCAACGGGCUUCAACGCAUGGAACCAGCUCAAUUUUGAAUCCUCGCCAAGUGACCAGGAGCCUGACGAUUUGUUCACUUUUACAAAAGUCCUAACAGACAAAACUAUCGGCAAUAUUAUUCCAAAGAUAAGUUAUACCGCAGUGCAGCGAAAUAACACUUGGGCUUUUGCCGGCUCAUGCCCUGGCAAGCUUCUCUAUCGUGAAGCCAACUUCUGUCUUCUCGACUCACCAAAUGCUGAAUCGGGAGAUGGACAAGUCGCGACUGUUCAUGAAUCAACUAUUGUUCAGUACACGUCUUUGGCUGCAUGGAAGGCCAACAAGUGCAGUGAAACCUGGCCUUGCGAGUCUCCGGUCCGCCAAACAGCAGCUUAUGACACUGGUUUCGUGAUUCUUCUUGAGAAUGGGACCGUUCUUAGCUGUGGUGAUCCUCGAUUUCAAGACUGCCUUGGCCGUGAAGUUGAUGAGUCAUGUCCUGCCAACGUACCCAAUGCUGUAGGAGAUCUUAAUGAUCUUGGCGAAUCCAUCAAGAAGAUAUCUGCAGGAGGAUACACCAUUGGGGCACUAACAGAGAGCGGCGGAAUGUACCUCUGGGGCAUGAGAUCACCCGGUACACAAAGUCGACACGCCGCAUUCACUGAUCUUGGUCCUACACCAAGCUACGUGGAAGUCGAUGGAGACAAAGAUGUGCAAGACUUUGCAAUUGGAGAAUUCCAUGCGAUCGCCCUUACUACCGAUGGUUGCAUUUACGUCACAGGAGACAACACUAAUGGCCAGAUCGGUCUUGGCAAAUUCGUAACAAAGAAUGCAUUGUGGUCAAAAAUAGAUUUUAUACUUCCUCCAGAUGAGGAGGUUGUGGCUGUUGAAGCUGGUCCAAGGGCAUCUUUUAUAGUCACAGCAAAGACGCCAUCAUAA